AGAGAAGUAGGUGCCGUAGAUGUAGCUGCUGCGGGUGUGGCUUGCGUGUGCAAGUCUGGAGAUUCUUCUGUUGUAGGUUUGGUGUCGCAUACUGGCAAUAGGAAAGUUAACUGCUGGAAAUAUAUAUAUUGUUUCCUGCCAUCUGCUGCAGAACCUGAUUUACAAUUCCUCUGUUUAGCCAGUUCUCUUCUGAAACAGUCACGUAGAUUCUUCCAUUUCCGUUGCAGAUCUGCAGCUGAAAAAAAAAAAAAAAAACAAUAAUGUAAGGUGCAUAUUUUUAGUGUGUGUUUUUUUUUUUUUUUUUUUUUUUUGCAGGUACCUUGCUACAGGAUGUUCGUUCACAGAAUUGCAUUACACAUUCCGUUGUGGAAUUUCCACAUGUCGCAAGAUUGUUAUUGAAGUGUGUGAAACAAUAUGGCGGCUUUUACAUGAAGCAUGUUUCCCGCAGUUAAUGCAAGAGGACUGGCUGAAGAUUGCUGACGGUUUUGGAACACGUGCAAAUUUCCCAAACUGUUUAGGAGCAAUAGAUGGCAAGCAUGUAAGGCUUAUUCAACCUGCUAAAAGUGGGUCAACCUAUUUUUCCUACAAGAAAUAUUUUUCCAUGGUGUUGUUAGCAUUAUGCGACUCUAAUUAUAGGUUUUUAUUUGUUGAUGUUGGUUCUUAUGGAAAAUCAUCAGACUCAGCAAUAUAUAAAAACAGUGAGCUGUUUCAGAAGAUGAAGGAUAAUACGUUGAACAUCCCAAGUGAUAGGCCAAUAGUUGAAAAUGGAGAGCCACUUCCCUUUACCUUCGUAGGUGACGAAGCAUUUGCUCUUUCAACUCACAUGCAGAGGCCUUAUGGUGGGAAAAAUCUUACUCAAAAAAAGAAAAUAUUUAACUACAGGCUGUCACGAGCCAGACGUUACAUCGAAUGCACUUUCGGCAUACUUACAAAUAAGUGGCGUAUCUUUCACAGGCCAUUGGACGUGAAAAUUGAAAACGCAGAAACUAUAGUGAAAGCAUGUUGUAUUUUACACAAUUUUGUUAGAGAAAGGGAUGGUGUUGAAUUUGACAGCACUCUGAACGUCGUGGGACUAGAUGAAGGGGAGCCGCUUACACGACCAGGAAAUACACGAUCAGCUUUAACAAUCCGAGAAAAGUUUUCCGAUUACUUUUCUAGUGAACAAGGGUCAGUGCCAUGGCAAUAUUUUUUGCUUUGAAGAGUGAACAAUACUAGUGAAAUUUAACUUUUAUAGAGGUGUCACAUUCAACAACGUAAUAGUUAUAACCGUAUAACCGUUACAUUGGACAGUAGCCAUGGUGAAUUUUGUGGCAUAAACAAAAUAUAGAGAAAACAAAAUUUCCGUAUGCGAAAAUGUGUUCACUUUGGAAUUAUGUUAGUUGUUACGCUACUUUUAAUUAUAUUGUUACGUGCAAGCCCAGUCGCAGUGGGGACGGAGCGAUGCUCUUCUCGGAAACAGAUUAGCGCCGCGCGUGCCUUAUCUUUAUCUUGAUGACACGCGGCCUGCCUGCCCCCCCUUCACCCUCGCCCUGCCUGCGCUAAUGACCUGGCUGCACCUGGUCGGUCAAUGGAACGGUUCUUGAAUGUUCUCCGACAUCGUCGCCGGCCCCAGCACGUAAUCCUGGACGUCCCUAGUUGCGCAAUGUCAAAGAGCAUCUCGAAGGUUCUAAAUGUAAGGCCGACCUCUAUAUCAGCAGGGGGCGGUUGCAUCAGAGCAGAUAAUUGUGUGGCGCGUCUGGCGCAGUGUGGAGAGGCGAAGACCUGUGCGACGAGGCGGCGAAGACCGGGCGACUUCUGGGAAGAGAGUGUAUAACAUCGGCGAAGCCAGCAAGUGCCCUGUGUGACAUCGGCGGACACUUUACGGCGAUCUGUGGCUGCGGUAAGACUGUGACGGACUGAGAGAGACUUUCUUUAUUUCGAGCCUAUAUCAAGCCAGGAUAACUUGUAAAUAAAACUGUAAAUAGUAGCACCAAUAAAAAUAGUGAUAAUUAAUUAAAAAAAGGGGCUAUCCUUUCGAACCCUAUCGUUCCCACGUUCGUAACAAUAUUAUAUCGUAUUUUACUUGUAUUUCUAUGUUUAUCGUAAACAUUAGACAUAAGCGUAAGUUACAAUGAAUUCCGCGUAGAAGCAAAAUACUGCAAUGUAAUUUGAAAACAAACCCUUCCAUUAAUAGCUAAUUUAUUUACAUUGGCAAUGACUCACAUGCACGCACAGUGGUUUUGUAUUUUAUGAGGGAAGAAUAACACGAACUGUUAAAAUUUCACACCUGUUUGUUGUUAAGAGAUAUAUUAACUAUACAAUAUUUCACAUGUGUUGUAAUUAUUGCCAAUAUCAGGUGGUUCGUGGUAAUAUGAAUACUUAAACGGACGUUUGAAGAGAACACCCGAUACGAAAAUGCAGCGGGCACAUCCAAACAGUUUCGACAAUAAUGUAAAUAUUUUGAACAGUAAUCUUCACGAUUGUAAAUCAUUUAAAAACGUAGUAACGUUUCUAUAAAGGAAUAAUGAAAAAAAAUAUUAUAUUCGUUUUAUAAGUUUUAUAAAAUUAUUGCAAUACUCUGUCUAGUAAAUAGGCUUCACGUAGAACAAUUAUGUUUAUAAUACAUUUGAAACAAAUAAAGUGAAUGCAGGGCUGCACGAAAUAUUCAGAUCACCACUAACCACUUAUAUUUAUAAAUUACACUUACCUGCUUUAUUUUUAUGGACGCUAUCCAUGGCUUUGAAGUUCUCAACGAACAUAUCGCACACCUCUUCCCAUGCCUUUCCCUUUUUGCAUUUGUUAGCAUACUCAUCACAUCUGGAAUCCCAAAUAGCUGGCCUUGAUUCUAUUUCGAUUAGAAAACGGUCACAAUCGAACGCCAUCUUCCUCGCCAGCACAUACAACCAGAUACUGACCGACAGUCGCUCGGACGCGCGGCUACAAGUCGCCCGUGUGCCAGGUUCUCACCCACGCCCAUGCUAUCUUAUGGCAAGCGAUUUCCCGGCGACCGAGUCGCGCGUCUCAGUCGCGCGACUCGGUCGCUCGUGUGUCAGGGCCCUAAGUGUUCUAAACGGCGCAGGGAGGCCCGAUACAGGACAGUAAGCCAGAGCGAGUGAGUCAGCGAUGUCGGCGCCGGGGCCGGUAGUAAUGGCAGGCGCGGGAUAGUUGCGGUACGCGGGCCACAGCUGCCCGUGCUCGCCUAACGAGCGGUAAUGAGUGGUCCGUCAGUAGCGGUCCUGGUGUCGGCGCCGCCAGCUCUGGAGCGGGCGACAUGGGAGCUGAGAGGCGGCGCGCGGCUGCGACCCCUGCUCUGUGGAGGGUGGUAGCCCUGCUGGCAGUAGCCGGCCCCGCGGGCUGCGCGACCCCCCAGGAUACAGAGACGGCGAUAGAGAUCCAGGCAGUGGUCGGAGGAGAAGCCAAGCUGCCGUGCGACAUACAACCACCUGAUCCGAGCGACGAAGUGCACCUGGUGAUCUGGUUCAAGGAAGGACUCAGGUCGUCGAUAUACAGCUUCGACGCCCGCGGCAGGCAGCUGGACCGGGCGGAGCAGACGAUGGACGUCUCGCUGCUGGAAGGCAGGGCCUUCUUCAGGCACAGAGACGCCCCGGCGGCGCUGGCCAUCGAGCAGGUGCGCGACGCCGACGCUGGGACCUACCGCUGCCGCGUGGACUUCGGCAAGUCGCCCACGAGGAACAGCAGGGUGAAGCUGUCCGUCAUAGUUCCACCUGAAAGGUUAUUGGUGAUGGACGAUCAAGGAACUUACGUGAUCGGCAACACUCCAAGUCCAUACAACGAGGGUGCUACGGCCAAACUGAAGUGCAUUGCAUUGGGCGGUCGGCCGCUGCCCCGGGUGACGUGGCUGCUCGACGGCGACCCCGUGGACGACUCGUGCGACGCGCUGCCCUCGGGGCGCGUGGAGAACUGCCUGACGCUGGGGCCGCUGGACCGCCGGUUCCUGGGCGCCACGCUCACCUGCCGGGCGAGCAACAGCGACCAGCUGGCGCCCCUCGUCAGGACGAUCGUGCUGGACAUGAACCUGAAGCCCGCGCAGGCGCGCCUGUUGGGGGAGCCUCGUCCCUUGUCCGCCGGGAGGCAGCACAAGGUCCAGUGCGAGGCGGCCGGCAGCAGGCCGGCUCCCGCCAUCUCCUGGCUCCUGGGCAGCGCGCCCCUCGCCUCUUUCAGGGUCUUCACGAAUCCAAACAGCAAUAUUUCUGUCAGCACUCUGUUUUUCACACCUACUCCAGAUGACAACGGUAAGGUGCUGACAUGUCGCGCAGACAACCCACUCAUCUUCAACAGCAGUGUGGAGGACAAGAGAAAACUGGAAGUACACUAUGUUCCUGUCACGAAGCUGAAGCUUGGCGGGAAUGACAGCCAAGCAGGUGUCCAGGAAGGCUCAGAUGUGCGUUUCCAUUGCAAUAUCAAAUCCAACCCUUGGGUGAACAAAGUUAUUUGGAGGCAUAAUGGCAAAAGGCUGUACAAUAAUUCUACCAUGGGUACAGCAGUUGCGAACCAGAGUCUUGUUCUCCACUCUGUAACCUGGGAAAGAACAGGAGCAUAUGUUUGCGUGGCAGAAAAUAGCGAAGGAUAUGGAGAAAGUAAUGCAAUCUUCUUGGAGGUGAAGUACGCCCCGGUGUGCCGCUGGGACGAGCCGCGGGUGGUGGGGCUGUCCCGACACCAGGAGGCGCGCGCGGAGUGCGAGGUGACCGCCGCCCCCCGCGACCUCAGCUUCUCGUGGACGUGCAACGACACGGGGCAACCCCUGGAGGCAGCCUCGAGCGAUGGCAGUCGCAGCCUGCUCUCCCUGCCCGCCGGCUCGGCGUGGUGCCGGCACACCCUCCUGUGCACGGCGCACAACGCCGUGGGCGUGCAGAGGCGGCCGUGCGUCUUCCGUCUGCUGCCCGCAGUGGCGCCCGAAGCCCCGAGGAACUGCACGGUCGUGAGACGCACCCCUGAGUCAUUGGAGGUGUCGUGCUCGGAAGGGUCCAGUGGCGGAGUUCCGCAGCGCUUCGCCAUGGACGUGCUGGCGCGGGGCUCCGGGUCGCCAGUCGUCGCCAGUGUCACUUCCGACACCCCCACCUUGGCUGCCGGCGGUGUGGACGCAGCGCUCGACCUCAACGUCUCCUUGUACGCCUUCAACAGCGAAGGACGCAGCGAGGCGGUCACCAUGCUCGUCCCGGCGAUCCUCAGGAGCGACGGCAUGUUGGCAACUGCCUCCAUUGCCAACUUCAUUGCUCCGGUAUUCGGCUCUCUGUUCGGAGUGAUCAUUGUGCUGGGGUCUGUCAUGGCUGCUGCUGUGGUAUUACAACAUCAGGACAGGAGUUGUGAUAGAGAGGUGAACUGCGGAGGAAAACCAUCUUGUACAACGAUAUUCGGAACAACUGAAGACCAGUUCUGUUCGAUACCUCUGCGAGAAGAAGACAGCACCCACACUCACCACGAACCAGACGUUAUUCCUGUCAAGUGUGGUGUGUACAAUCCGUUUUUUAACAAGAGUAACUGACUUUUUCUGUGGCCAUGGCUUUGUAUCUAAAAAAGAUUAUAUGGAUUUACAACCGGUGGAUUUUUUCUUAAGUGUUAGGAAAGAAAUCAUAAUGGAAAAUUUUUAUUUAAGAAUACCUGUACAUAUGUACAUUGGAAAUGUUUAUGUACCUGAAUACUAUACAAAUUUACAGGAAUAAAAUGUUAUUUUUGUA